GCCACUCAGCGGUGCAUCACGGUGGUUUGGUAGCGGGUGGGGAAGAGUCGGGCAACGACUGACCCUAUAUACAACAAAACUUGGACGAAACUCGGGGUUAGGGGUUGCCCAGACUGAUUUCAAACCUAUAAACUGCCCUGCCCCCUUUUACCUUUCACUCCAUAUCUGACAGCUCGUCUAAUGUCGGAUUUCAAGCUUGGGAUUGUUCGACUUGGCCGUGUGGCCGGGAAGACAAAGUACACCCUCAUUGAUGAGCAGGACAUACCACUGGUAGAAAAUUACGCCUUUGAGGCACGUCUUGAGGUUGAUGCAGAUGGCAAUGGAGCAAAAAUCUUUGCUUACGCCUUUGACAUUGGCAAAGGCAGGGGGGCUGGUCGACCUUUGCACGAGUUACUCUGGGAAAAGCACAGAGGUGGCAUUGCUCCUAGUUUCCAAGUUGUCCAUAUAAACUCAGUUACAGUGGACAAUCGUCUAGACAACUUGCGCCUCGUUCCUGUUGGCUGGAGUCCCAAACCAGAGGAGCUGUCCAGCAAGCAAAGAGAACAGUCGCUGUACUGGCUGGCCAUCCAGCAGGUGCCAGCCGACCCAGUGGAGGAGCAGUAUCUGGAGCUGAGCCGCACGCGCUAUUACAAUGCCAACGGCGAACUGGUGGAGGAGGAAGAGUGCUCCUGCACUUACUAUGAAUGCCAUUACCCCCCCUGCUCACUUAUCGAGAGGAGGCUGCGCGAGUUCAACAUCUGUGGGCGCUGCCAGGUGGCGCGAUACUGUGGCUCGCAGUGUCAGCAGAGGGAUUGGCCAGCCCACAAGAAGCAGUGCCGUGAGCGCAAGAAGGCAUUGGCCCUGGAAUCCGAGCCUGAGCGGUGAUCCCCGGAACCCCAUGCUCGGCAGUGGGGUCAAGGGCGGGGGGAAGGGGGAAUGGGCUGUGCGGUGAGACUUGCGAAGCUGAAAUGCAAAAACAAAUCUGCUGACUGAUGGGACGGGUGACACCUUGGUGGGUAAGACAGGCCUGUUGGGGAAGAAGAUGAAGAGGGGGGGGGGGGAAAAACGCUCCUUCCUUCCCAGAACUUUGACAUCUCCUUGGCUUGUCUAAGGGGGUUAUGGGUUGGAAUGGGAGAGGGGGAUUUUUUUUGUUUGUUUGUUUAGAGGGAGGCCGUAAAAGGCUCUACCUGCUGCUAUGGAUGUGUGUUUUGUGAAGAAAAACGCCAUUGCCGUCAUAACUUCCUGUGUGGACUGUGGACAGUUCAUAAGCUCACUCCUUUCCAUCCAUGCGCCUGUCAUGAAGUGUUAGCAGCUGGUAUCGAGGGAUAAGCCUGCUGUAUGAAAAAAGAUGGUAUAACGGACCUCUUCACUGUACUACCCUUUUCCUCUCCCGGUUGGACUUCCUGUGCACAUAUCCAUGCACACACUCCCUCGCCAUAACCCUCCCAAAGUGUGCAGCAGAGGACUGUGUAGAUUCACACUACCAGUAUUUGUGUGUGUGUGUGUGUGUGUGUGUGUGUGUGUGUGUGUGUGAGAGAGAGAGAGAUGCAAUGAUCAUUAAUGACUGAAGGACAUUGGAUGAAGUGGUAGAUUUUUGUUUCUUUUUGUUUUUCUUUUUUCGUUUCCCUUUCUUGGGCUGGGUGGGAGGGAUGGGGAAAUUUAUUGUUCAAUCUGGGAUGUCACUUGUUGAACCAUUACAAUGUUCUAUUGUCCAGUUUCUAAAAUGCAUUACUCUCGGUGCUGCAUUACAAUCCCAGUUACGCUUCCAGCUUAAGUCACAUUAACACACACCAUCACUAGCAUUCAGCUUCUAGGGAUGUCCUGGGAAAAACUUGAAAAUCCACAGAGAAAGUUGUCUCAGAGAAAUUUUGUCAACAUCUGCUUGGAGAAGUCUGCGAGUUGACAGUUGGGUUUCUUAUUUGUUUGUGUCUCCUUGAUGUCCCAUAAGCAUAGCUUAUGUACUUUUCUCUCUUAUUUUAUGUUUUGUAUAUAACCCUCAAUCUAAAAGAAAAAACACCUACAUGCACACAUGUCUAAAGUGUGUCUUCCUUUUAUGUGAAUGGCAACUCUAGCGAACUGUGAUGCGCACGCACAUAAACACAAAUUAGCAUGUAUUGCAGAUAUACGUGCAAUUUGUUGAUGGUUGUGUGUACCAAUAUGUUUAUUUAUCUGGAGGGGGUUGAACACUGUGCACUGAGUAUCCUCACUUUUAUCUUUCAUUUAGGCAGGGCGACACGUCCGAAUGAUCGAAAGUGGGGAGUCUGUCUUUUUUUCUAAGAAUAUUACAAACAUUUAAAUACAUAGAAAACAGUAUGAAAAAUAUGUGAUUGGGCAUAAUGUUGGUGAUAACUGACCAUCUCUUGUCACUGUAAAAUAAAAGAAUCAAGUAAUGGUGAUGUGGGAGUAUGUUUAUGCUGGGGAAGAAGUCCUGAGGAUGUUUAUUUUGUUAAAGCGGGUACAGUUUUGCUGGAAAAAAAUGUCUGUAUAAAUGCAUCACAUGACAUAGGAAUAAUGUUCCACAAGGACAGACUCUUAAUCUAAUUUUGUUCUCACAGUUGAUACUUAAUGUGAAAAGCAAUGUUAAAUUGAUGAAACAAUUUGUUGGCUAGCUCUGUGGACCUAAAUUCCUCUGUGAAAAAGAAGGAAAAUCGAUGUUAUCUUUCACAGUGUGUAGUUAUUGAAGGCUUUAAGCGUGAUGGUAUACACACCUAAAUAUUCUAAUUUGUUAAUUUUGCAAGUGAGCUUUUUACCAUUUUUUUAAACUAUAUUGCAAUUCAGCAGAAAAAAUGGACACUUUGGAUGGAGCUUGAGCAAAUCUAAAUAUAUGACACAAGAUUUAUUGGAUAAAGGUCCCAUGACUAUUCUUUAACAUUUUGAUUUCCUUCUCUCCAGUUUAAAGAUUAAUCUACAAAUUCUGGAUGUUGAGUUCAUUAUGUAUUGAACUUGGUGUCCAAAAGCUUAAGUGUAAAUAAAUCUUCAGCUCUG